GGAAGAGAUGGGCAGCGGACCUGCACGAAAGGUGAGAUUGGGUGGCGAUGCCCGCCAGCUUUUCCAGCCAAUGAAAAGCACCAAAGCCCGAGCUGUGUGGAAUGACUUCUGUGAGUCAGUAUCGAUAGGUGAAUUCUUCAAUACUGGACGCGGAGGCACUGCUCAGCUGGAGAAUGUGGAAUUGAACCUGCCGGCAGGUGAAUUUGCUUAUGUGGAACAGUUCCAAGGAAAAUUGGGCAACCCCAUUGACUGUUUGGUCUACGUGAAGCAUGUGGAGCUCGACGACUGCCCAUAUUUGUUGGGCUUGUAUUCCUACCUCCCCGAUGGUCACUACAACCUUGAGGCUGAAUUCCCCAAAGUGGUUGCUCAGGUGGACGGUGUCGUUUACGAGCUGGCCUCCGAAUUCUUCUACCACGCUCCCAUGCAUCGCCAGAGAAACGGAGACAACAGCCCGCAGAAGUGGCAGAUGAUGGAUUCAGCCUCAGCGGCACAUUAGACGCAGUGAGUUAAGACAAGCGGCAUGGUCCAAGACUUUUCCAAUGUCUGAAGAAUUUGGAUAUGUGGGUUUACAUCCUUGGCAAGUGAAAUGCAGCGAAAUCCUUGGAAUCCUUGUGGGUUUCUGGCAUCCAGAAACUCAGUGGCCAUGCCCCAUGAUGCCAGUGUGAUUUACGACCGAUUCGGUCAUUUCAGCUGCACAGGGGGCAGGAUCACCAGCAUGGAAGUGG